GACAGACGGACCCACGGACGGAAUCCGUUGAGGCCGAUGGAGAACCGCACCUUGGACUCAGGUAUCCGGGAUGUCUACACCCCUGCCGGCCACCUCCAGCAGAAAACGGUGGGAGCCUCGGGGAAGCAUAGGACUGGCUUCAAAGAUCUCAUGGUCAAGCUGACUGAAGGACAGUAUGUGUUGUGCAGGUGGACAGACGGACUAUAUUACCUGGGAAAAAUUAAGAGGGUGAGCAGUUCAAAGCAGAGCUGUCUUGUGACAUUUGAAGACAAUUCCAAGUACUGGGUCCUGUGGAAAGACAUUCAACAUGCCGGUGUCCCAGGGGAGGAGCCCAAGUGUAAUAUCUGCUUGGGGAAGACAUCCAGACCCCUGAAUGAAAUCCUCAUUUGUGGAAAGUGCGGCCUAGGUUACCACCAGCAGUGCCACAUCCCUGUAGCAGGCGGUGCUGACGGUUCCCCCCUCACGCCAUGGUUCUGCAGACGUUGCAUUUUCGCCCUGGCCGUUCGGAAAGGUGGUGCGCUGAAGAAAGGAGCUAUCGCCAAGACAUUGCAGGCUGUCAAGAUGGUGCUGUCCUACGACCCCGAGGACCUGGAAUGGGACUCUCCACACAGAACCAACCAGCAGCAGUGCUAUUGUUACUGUGGAGGCCCUGGAGAGUGGUACCUGAAGAUGCUUCAAUGUUACAGGUGCAGGCAGUGGUUUCAUGAAGCCUGCACCCAGUGCCUUAAUGAGCCCAUGAUGUUUGGAGACCGGUUCUAUGUUUUUUUCUGCUCGGUGUGCAACCAGGGGCCAGAAUACAUCAAGAGGCUGCCCUUGAGGUGGGUGGAUGUGGUUCACCUGGCCCUUUACAACCUAGGAGUGCAGAGCAAAAAGAAGUACUUUGACUUCGAGGAAAUCUUAGCCUUUGUCAAUCAUCACUGGGAGCCCCUUCAGCUUGGGAAGCUGACCAGUACCCCAGUGGCAGAACGGGGACCCCACCUCCUCAAUGCACUAAACAGCUACAAAAGCAGAUUUCUCUGUGGCAAGGAAAUCAAGAAGAAGAAAUGCAUCUUCCGCCUGAGGAUCCGGGUGCCCCCCAACCCUCCAGGGAAGCUGCUGCCGGACAAGGGGGCCGGUCCGAGCGAGAACAGCUCCUCGGAGCUGCGGAAAAGAGGGAAGAGCAAACACCCUUCUGAGCACAGUUUGCUGCCUCAUGAGUUUCAACAGCAGAAAAGGCGAGUUGUUAGAAGAAAAAGAUCAAAAUUUUUGUUGGAGGAUGCUAUUCCCAGUAGUGACUUCACCUCUGCCUGGAGUACUAACCACCAUCUGGCCAGCAUAUUUGAUUUUACACUGGAUGAAAUUCAGAGUUUAAAAAGUGCCAGUUCAGGCCAGACUUUCUUCUCUGACCUGGACUCCACAGAUGCAGCCAGCACUUCAGGUUCGGCCUCCACCAGUCUGUCCUACGAGUCCAGAAGAAAUGUAGGCAGCCGGAAGAGGAAGCUGGCGGCCAAAGUCUACACCUCUCUGGGGGUGAAGAGGAAAGCCACUGAGUCGGGUGGGCGUGGGGGCGGCUGCCCCUCGGACAGCAGCGCCGAGGGCGGGGCGUCCGGUCCUGAGCGCCCAGACGAUGGAAUUGACAGCCACACCUUUGAGAACAUCAGUGAGGAUGACUCCUCUCUUUCCCACCUCAAAUCCUCGAUCACCAAUUAUUUUGGAGCAGCUGGGAGGCUGGCCUGUGGCGAGAAGUACCAGGUUUUGGCCCGGAGGGUGACCCCAGAAGGGAAAGUCCAGUACCUGGUGGAGUGGGAAGGGACCACCCCAUACUGACAGAGCAGAUGACGCUCAGCUCGGCCUGGGUGGAGGGGGAGAGAGAGUUUGGACAGAGGCGCGGAAACCAAAGGAGAGGGGGACACUCUGCUUGGGGACAUCCUGGAAUGGGGAGGAGGGGGCAGUUAAUCCAGGAAACCGAGAUGACGGCUGAAUGCCAGACUUGGCCAGUGAGCUUUGGUGUUGGGGUGGGGAGGGUGCAGGGGAAAGGGCGUGGGCAGGCUGGGGAUUUGCAGAACAUUGGGAACAACGAUGUUGCCCUUGUGUGAUGGUGCUCAUGCUGCUGUCUCCCAGUCUGGCAAUCUGGGAGCCCAGGGCUACAACUGACUCUCUUCCCUCCUCUUUUGUCUCUCCUCUUCUUUCCUUCUCUCUUCCUGCCUUCCCCCAGGCUAUUUUACUGGCAUAUAUUCAGAUAGGAUCAACUAGGUGCCUUUCUCUAACUGAUCUACUCAAAAGCGUUAUGUGGUAGUGAGAGCCGUUAGCAGUUCUGCUUUUCAUACAGUACUUGUCUGCCUCGUAGAGAGGCCCAGUAGUCUGGAUCGGCAGCAACAGGGACUGCUGAGGAGGGCAGCCCUGCCUCGGUGGUGUGGAUUAAAGUAGAACCUGUCGACAGGCUCCCCAUCAUCCCUCCCACUCUGGCCACAGUUAUACUGACAGGGGAAAGUGCAGCUGUCAUGAAAUACUCUCUGUGGGGGCAAGGAAAGAAACUUUAGUGAAACUAAUCAAAGCCCUUCUUGGUAAUGCUGUAUUUCCUUGCAGAGGGCUUAGGUCUAGGGAAAGCAGCAGGAGAGAAGAGCAAGGUCAUUUUUAAUGAUGUGUAUAGUCCCCACUGCAGUUCCAUCUUUAGAAGACUCCCUGGUAAGGGGGAUUAGUUCUUACAACAUAGUAUCAUGGAAAGUGGUUCCUUUCCUGGAGUUACAAACUCUUAGGAGGGUUUAAAUGAGAAACAUAGCAUUUUAUUUUUUUUUGUAUUUUUCCACCCUAUGUGUCAAAGUUCUGCUACCGUGAAGCUACAGAUGGGGGAAAGCUCUCUGUCUGGGAUAGUCUAUCUUUUCACCCCUUUUGACAAUCACAGGAUUGGGUAAGUCUGGCCCUUGCCCCAGUCAAACUUCUGGAGAAAUAAAAGUGGCCUGUCUCUUGCACCAUUCUCACUGGCUACUGUGGAGCGAAAGAGGGUUUUUAAACAACAAAAAAUCACCCCAUCCAAACUGGAGUUACCCCAGCCCAAUCUCUAGAAAAUCUAGGUCUCCAGUGUCCACUUUGAUCUCAUUGUUUUUCCAUGAGAUCAGAAAAUUGCAUAGCCUCGGUCUGAAUUACCUGUGUGGUGUGUUAAUAUAGAGCCAGCCUUGUAAUUCUGCCAAAAUAGCAGGUAACCAAAAAUGAAAAAGUGAUCACAGAUGUAGGUGGCAUGAGGAACCUUGAAUAUAAUGAGAAGAAGAGACACUGUUGGGGGAAAGAGGAAACUAGUCUUUUGCUGCUUUUUGGAUACUUUUAAGAAGAAAAACAGAAAAAAAGGCACAUUGUCAUACAGGAUGCAUACCAGCAGCACUAAAUUUUUUUUUGGCAUAAAGUAAUCCUACCACCCUGUUACCUCCUAUGCUCUCUGAGUGGGGCUGGCUUCAGGCACCUGGGGAAGGGAUGCAGGUGGGGAAUACAGGACUGGCAUAUUCAGGAGCAAAGAGAUGGGUGAAUAAAUAUGUGGGUGGGGAGCUGUAUUUCUGCUGUGGGGCUUUCUCUUGCUAAGGGCUAAGAUCUAGAAUCAUAGCUCUUUUUCUCCUUUUCUCCCCAUACCCAGGUGCUCAGAGAAACCUUUUUAAAGAUGUUUGGAAUCCCCUGAAUUGAAAUGCCUUUAAAAACCAGAAGCCUGUAGUCCCUUUCUUUCCUUUUAAGGCCUGGGGGCCCAGGAGAGCAGAGGAGGGCUUUGGUAGUCAUGACAACAUGAAACUCUACGUCAGCAGGUGACCAGCCUUCACCUAGGCCUGGCAGGUGGUCAGAAAGUUUAAGUAGGAACUCAGCUGUAGGAAAUCAGCCCUCACUUCCCUUACCCACAAGGAUCAACGGGCUGUUUUCUCCAGCCUAAACUGAAGACCAAAUGGGUGGGAGGAGAGGGUACCCCCCAUCUCACCCUGUCAGAACUGCUCCUUCCCAAGCCUGAUUUUGUUUCUUCUCUUUCCCAAGCUUGUGUUCCUGGAGAGCACCCAGCCACAAAUAGCUCUUCCAGUUACCUUGGCUGAGGAGAUGACAAGCAGGUCUCUUCCCGUAGGCCAUCUGACUACAAUCAAGAAGUCCCUCUCCUCUGUAGAGCCAAAGAAUCAGGGCAGAAAGCCUGGGUUACGGUUUCUCCUUUGCACCUCUUCCCAAGGGGUGGUCGUGGGGGGAGAGUGGUGCCUAGGGGAUGAGAAGAGGCUGACCCUUGACCCCCCUGAAAGUCCAGAUCUGGGCAUCUUCAAGGUCAAUGGAAACAAGGAAAGACUGAAUCUGGGCUUAAUGUAAUGGUGUUGGGCCUGAAAAAUGGAGUGCAAAACAGACUAGUAUUUUAAUUUCUCUGAAUGGAUGCAAGAGGCUUCCAGAGGCACUGGUACAGUCUCACCUAAAACACAGGGAACCAGACUCUAUCCAGACCUCAGACCCUCUUUAGAAGUAACUUAAGCAGUUUCAUCUCUCAACUAGGGAAAUGGCUGGGUUGAGACCUCUGACAGGUUACCCAUGGCCUACUAAAUGUGCCUUCCUAAGCAUCUAGGCAGGGACACAUGUAGGUCCUAAUUUAUUACCUGGCUAGACUUUGAGAUUGGGCCUCCUGCUCUGAUUUAGGGGGAACACCAGCCACCCUUGUAAGAGGAUUUAAGUGCCGGACUUUCAGCAGUAUUUGGUUUCCAGGAUGGCUUUCUUCCUGGAAGUACACAAGAAUUGGUUUAAGGGGGCUGGGAGGGAGAGGACCCCAAAAAGGUGUUCUGAAGAAAGUGGGAAAGUUUCUAAGAGGAAGACCAGGAGGAACUUGUCGUCAGCCUCCCUGACCGUUUUAACCCAUCCCCAACCUUUUACAGACAUUUCCAAGAGGUGGGAGGGCUAAUCCAUGAGUAAUCAGACCACACUAUGCCCUUACUCCUAGGGUAAACUCUGAAUUUGCUGCCCUUUGACCCUCACCAUGGAGCAUUUUUAAAGUGGUUUGUGAGUAUCUUGGCUGCUUGGGUGACAGCCCUAGGUCCAGGCCUGGGGAGGCUGGCGAAGAUGAGACAGGCCUUUUCCCAAACAACGAGUGCACUUUUCCCCACCCCUUUAAGUUUAUUGGCACAAAAAGGUGCGUCGCUUCUCCAGGGGGUGAGGUCUCCCUGACUCAAUCCCCUCCAGCGUGCCAUAGAGGGGUGACGUGGAGCCUCGACUGGUGUUCGGUGUUCUUGUUUCGUUCCAGAGGAUACUCGCAUUAGUUCUAAUAGAUCUUAUAAUGACUCUGUGCACCUUUGAAAAGAACUUAUGGUUUCGAGUUGCUGCUUUUAAUAACCAACAUUUGUUAUAUUCAAGUUGUAAUUAAUAUGUUUGAUGUACAAUUAAAAAGUUCCCUUUUUUAAGUCAACAUUCA